AUGGCUUUCGCGUGGCACCUGAGCGGGUCGUCCCCCGUCGCGUGCGGCAUCCGGCGCUCGAGCGCGAACAAUCGUCGGGUGUACGUCCUGCGCGACGACAGGGCUUUCGUCGGCGUCAGCAGCAUCGGGGGCCAGUCCCAUCUCUGGGCUUUUGCAAACGGGGACGACGCCCGCAAGACGCUGCGAGAGAUCCGCGAGUUCCGGGACGCCGAAGGGCGGUGGCCCACGGUGCGAGAGCUUCCCAGCCGUCUGAGGCCGGGUCAGGGCGGGCAGCCGAGAGAGGACGGCGCCGAGUUCACGCAGGUGUCUCUCCACGACCUCGAGACGGAGGACGUCCCGCUCAAGGUCUUGAAGGAUUACGCGCACGCGCGGGGACUGGCCGUCGAGCUGGUGGAGGAGCGCCGCGUGCUGCAGCUCGCCGGCCUCGAGGACCUGCACCUAUGGAUCGACCCGCAGGUGACGCUCUUCGGCCCGGCCAAGCCCUCGGAUCACAGGCCGUUCUCUCAGAACGUCAUCGAGUGCCUCUUCGAGAGCCGCCCGCUGCCCACGCUCGGGGCGCCACAGGGGAUCGCGUCCGCGUGCCCCCUCCGCAAGUCCGGUUCGCACGUGGGGAUGAUGCAUCUGGAGGUGCGCCUUCCCUCGACGAAUCCGGCCACCGGAGCUCCGAUCCCAUACCGGCCACGUCUGGGGGCGUACCUCGUGGAGUCGGCGAGGCUGACCUCUUCCGGCAGGGAGCUGGAGAGGCUCAGCGGGGCCGCCAUGCGCUGGUACUUCGAGACGGUCGACCCGAAGCUCAGGGGCGACGAACGGGCCCGUGCCGCCAUGUUCUCGCCGACGGUGCUGGGCGACGACGUCAUCGUGCUGGUGCCCCUGCCCUUCUUCUUCUCCCGGAGCGCGGCGGGCGAGAAGCUCCCGGUCCGCGGCAACGACGCCGUGCUGGAGGUGGUCCUGGCUUCCCCUGCCUCGUGCCUCUCUGCCGGGGCCGCGGUUCCCGCUCAGAUCGCCCCGCGCUCCACCAAGUCGACGGCGGUCCCGGAGCUGGUGCGGCAGCCCAACGGCUCCCUGGACCUCUCCUCGUUCACGACCUUGCUGAACCUGACGUACGUGGACCCCUCGGUCGCGAUGCGCGGCUACCAGUUGGUCGUCGUCAGCGAGGGCUACGACGUACUCUCGGAGCGCCUCGAGCUCUUGCACAUAUAA